GGGGGGCGAACGCAGCAGUCAGGGCCGUCAUUGCGAAGACACUGUAUUGCGGCAGACGCAACCGCUGUAUAGUCGAUGAAAAACUGCGCUCAGUUGCUUGCUAGCUAGGAGGCGAGCACAUAUACAUGCCCUGCGACUUGCUAGUCUAAGGUAGUCAACAGGAGCGAUGAUCAAGGCCCACAGGACCGACUUGCACCACAACACACUGAAGGUACCAAAGUCAGAUAUCGAAGUUGUGAAAGGCUUGAAAAGCCGGGAGAGGACUGCCAUAAUCCGAAUGGGCCUGAACAUCAUACCAACUGUAGAACUCGAGCGAAUAAAAUCUUUACUGUUGAACGGAGCUCAAUAGUGGUUAUAUGUACGUCUAAAGUACAGCGACUUCAUCCUCUUUCCUUAUUCCAAUUACAUUAAUUAUUAAAGAGUACUUGGUCUCAAUAAAUCGUAGCCUGGCAAUAUCCAGGAUAUCUAGUACUGCCACGCACCGGGGUGGUCGACCGCAA